AUGGCCAAAUACAGGAACUGUACAUGUAGUGAAGAUGCUCCUUAUUCCAAGGACUUGUUCGCACUAAUGGACCCCGGCCAUUUUGUAGCCAUUGGUCUAGUUUUUCUCAUCGCAUUGAUAACACUCGUUAUGUUCAUCGAGGCAGUUGUCUGGCUUGUAAAAAACAUACCAUAUACACAAAGGAGACUGAGAAUCAUAUGGAAUCUAGGAAUAUAUCCGGUGGCGAACGCCAUUGACAAUGAGGAGAAUAGUCAGGAGGUCUUUUGUUUCAUCAUGCUGAUGGCUAUUUUGAUCCCUAAAUCGGCCGUUCUUGCAAACUUAACCGCCGGAGUCUAUUUAUCGAUGGCGAUCUACCAGUUCUUAUUGCUAAUAUUAGAUUAUUGUGACGGUCGAAAUACUAUGAUAGAAAAAAUGCAGCACACUCAGCUGAAAUUAGCCAGCUCUCCAGUAGCGUGUUGCUGCAUUUGUCUGCCGAAGAUCGAAGUAACAAGACGCAGUGUGUUCUGGAUACGUAUGGGUGUUAUGCAGCUCUGCAUCGUGAGCCCGGUCGUACUGUAUAUCGCAGCAGUAAUGUGGACCGACGGUAACUACACGGAGGGUAAAAUUGCGCUAGACGAGUCUUCUAUUUAUCUGAACACUUUUAAUGUGGUGUCUACCUUGACCGCGAUGUACGCCCUAGGGAUGCUGAAUAACUGCGCUAAGCAGAUUUUACAUGGUUUCUACCUUAGGCCUAAGUUUGCUUGUAUUCAGCUGAGCUUGCUUGUCGCCAACGUGCAACCCACGGUGUUCAGUAUACUAGGUUCUGCGGGAGCCAUUACAUGUACGCAACACUUAUCAGCGCAAACAAGGGCCAUUUGGAUCAACGACUAUCUCGUUAUCUGUGAGAUGUUUCUACUGUUUCUGGUCGCACACCAUUACUACAGACGUGAAAAGGGCAACAUGGAUACGUAUCGCCGAUUUCGAGUCGAGAGUUUCCGAACAGAUUAUUCAACUAUAUGA